GUUGGAGGGGUCGUUGACUUUUAACAUCUGUCUUCUCUCGAAACCAAGUCUGAUCACUAUCACUAGUAUCUAGUUUCUGUCCUUGUUGUUGAUUUCUUGUGUCGUUCCCUGUGUUGUCGCUCAACUAUCGCAAUCAUGGCUUCGUGGCUUCAGAUCCCCAAGAACUCGCCCUUUUCGUUGGCAAACAUCCCCUUUGGUGUCAUCUCUUCGGCCAAUAUCCCCUCGCGUGUCGCGGCGAUUGCGAUUGGCGACUAUGCCUUGAAUUUGAGUGCCUUUGCCGCUGCGGGAGGUUUCUCUCAGCUGCCGGUCAUCCAGCCUCAUCUCAACGUGUUCAGCCAACCCACGCUGAACGCAUUCGCUGCUCUGGGUCGCCCUGUGCACCGUCAAGUCCGUGAAUUCAUCCAGAAUGUGUUCCGUGCAGACACUUCGUUCCCCCAGGUUCUCAAAGAAAAUGCCACUCUGCAGAAGGAGGCGCUUCUGCCCCUGUCAGAGGUCACCAACCACGUCCCCAUGCAGAUCGGCGACUACACGGAUUUCUACGCCGGUCUCAACCACGCCUACAACGUCGGCGUGCUCUUCCGCGGGCCAGACAACGCCCUGCAGCCCAACUACAAGCACCUUCCCGUGGGAUACCACGGCCGUGCGUCGUCAGUCGUCGCAUCCGGCACCGCCAUCCACCGCCCGAACGGCCAAAUCCUCGCCAACCCAGCCGCCAACCCUAAGGUCCCGACCUUCUCCCCCUGCAAGCGUCUCGACAUCGAGCUCGAGCUCGCCGCCUUCGUCAGCCGACCCAACAACCUCGGCACGCCCGUCUCCAUCGACGAAGCCGAAGACCACAUCUUCGGCCUGGUCCUCAUGAACGACUGGUCCGCGCGCGAUAUUCAAGCCUGGGAAUACGUCCCCCUCGGCCCCUUCAACGCCAAGAACUUCGCCACGACAAUCACCCCCUGGGUCGUCCUCAUGGACGCCCUGGAACCGUUCCGCACCGCGGGCCUGGAGCCCCAGAACCGCGACUCGCUGCUGCCGUACCUGCGCGAGAAGCAAGCCAAGAACAUCUAUGACAUCGCGCUCGAGGUCGAGGUUACCAAUGACGGCGGUAAGCCUACGACGAUCGCGCGCACCAAUGCGAAGAACCUUUUGUUCUCGUUCCCGCAGAUGCUCGCCCACCACACUAUCACCGGCUGCAACAUGAGCCCCGGUGAUCUGCUCGGUAGCGGCACUAUCUCCGGCACGGACCCCCAGUCCCAGGGUAGUCUGCUCGAGCAGACGAACGGCAAGAACCCCAUCAAGCUGGCUGAUGGCUUGGAACGGACGUUCCUUGAAGACGGCGACACUGUCGUCUUGCGCGGUAAGGCCGGCUCGGAAGGUAGCUAUGUCGGGUUUGGGGACUGCGUGGGGACCAUCCUUCCCGCUGUUAAGCUGAACUUUUAAAUAUUAGUAUCUUGUGUUUGUAUUGUGUGAUUAAAAGGAUUCGACAUGUUAUGACCUAGCUAUGAACAUUACUUCCAAA